UUUGCUCUUCUUUAAACUCACUACCAAUUCUUAGAUUUUUGGAGUGAUGACACAGGCACAUUCUCUUCACUAAUCCAUGGCAAAUUUUUGCUGCAACUAGGAAUUUAGGUUCACGUUCAUCCCAAUAAAUUUAUUUAUUCAGUUGGGUGUCAGCCUCCAGCCUCACAGACAGAACGAUGUGUCGAAUUGCAAUAAGGAGAUGAUUAGCGACACGGUUCAUCAGUCAUCGGAAUUAGCUCUCCUACCCCAACUGCACCCCAUUUAAUAGCCUACUUCCCAACCUCCCACUUCAAACCCAGAAACUUUUUCCAAUUUUAAAUUCACACCCAUUUGCGGAUCUCAUCAGAAAACCAUUUUUUUUGGUUCUGGGUCUUCUCAUUCUGCUCUUUUCAGGAUCUGGGUACAAAUAAUAGGCUUAUUCCCCAACUGGGUCUCUAAUUUGGCUGCAAAAAUGAAGGUCUCGGUAGUUUCCCGCAGCGGGAGAGAGGUUGUUAAAGGGGGUAUUCAACUUAGCGACUCUGCUUCAGUGGCAGAUCUACAGGAUGCGAUUUAUAAGAGAACCAAAAAGUUCUACCCGGCUAGGCAAAGGCUAACUCUUCCCAUUCAACCUGGUUCAAAGGAGAGGCCUACUGUUCUUAACUACAAGAAAAGCCUCAGAGAAUAUUGUAGCGACAACUCGGACAACAUAACUGUUAUCUUCAAGGACUUGGGCCCACAAGUUUCUUAUCGUACGCUCUUUUUCUGGGAAUACUUGGGUCCCUUGAUCCUCUACCCCAUCUUUUACUACUUCCCUGUAUAUCAGUUCUUUGGCUACAAGGCAGAACGUGUCAUCCAUCCGGUUCAGACGUAUGCAAUGUACUACUGGUGUUUUCACUACUUCAAACGAAUCAUGGAAACAUUUUUUGUGCAUAGGUUCAGCCAUGCAACCUCACCACUUUCGAAUGUGUUCCGAAACUGUGCUUACUACUGGUCCUUUGGCUCGUAUAUUGCAUAUUAUGUCAAUCACCCACUUUAUACCCCUGUUGGUGACCUACAAAUGAAGAUUGGCUUUGCAUUUGGUUUGCUGUGUCAACUGUCAAACUUCUACUGUCAUAUCUUACUGAGAAAAUUGCGGAGUCCUGAGGGCAAUGGGGGAUAUCAAAUCCCCAAGGGGUUUCUGUUCAACAUUGUGACGUGUGCAAAUUACACAACAGAAAUAUAUCAGUGGGUAGGCUUCAAUAUAGCUACACAGACUUUUGCUGGUUAUGUCUUUCUUGUGGUUGCUGCUCUUAUCAUGACUAACUGGGCCCUCGCAAAGCACCGUCGCCUCAAGAAGCUGUUUGAUGGGAAAGAGGGAAGGCCAAAGUAUCCACGCAGAUGGGUGAUUCUUCCUCCAUUUCUGUAGAAGGAUUUGGUGGCCUCAUCAUCCAUUCUAUCUCAAGCUGGUAGCUUUAGAUUUAAACAUUAAAAAUGUCCCUUGAAAGACAUAGACAAGGCAAAGACAUCAUUUUUUCCAAAUGCAAUUUAUGUUCUUUUGUUUUAGUCUAAACAUUAUGGACAAUGGUCCUUUUGUUUUGCUUUGGAGUUUAGUGUAUUGUUGGUGAUUGAUGGUUGCAUGUUUUCUUUUCAUAGA